AGGGCUCCAUUGUUCCUAGGAGCGUAAUAAGCCAAGGUUGUCUCAGGUCAGGUAUAUAAACCGUGGCGUUCAUUCCAAUCAUCAGCAGACUGCUCCAUCUUCUCACUCAGUAAGCAGCAAGUCUCACGAAGGCAGCAUUAUGGGGUUUAUUAAAGUUACAAUGAAACUGGUCUUAUUAUGUGCAAUCCUGGGAGUUAUUCCUUCCAUGGUCAACGCCGGGCUUAUGGGUGAAGCCAUGGAAUUGCAGAAACGAAGUGGAAGUUAUUCGUACGCUCAGAGUUACACUACAACGACAACUGCUGCUCCAGUUUAUUACACCGAAGCCCCGAAGUACUACACCACUACAACUGCUGCUCCAGUUUACUACACCGAGGCUCCAAAGUACUACGCUGAGCCAACUUACUAUACCACUACUACUGCUGCUCCAGUUUACUACACCGAGGCACCAAAGAUGAUGUAA